AUGAAUAUCCGGAUAAUUGCAGCUCUUCUAAUCCUUUGGGCCAAAACAUUGGCACACCAGAGUCCAGGGCCAGGUCCUGAGUACGCAGAUGUGGUCUUUCUGGUGGACAGCUCCGACCGCCUGGGGAUUAAGUCCUUUCCAUUUGUGAGAACUUUCAUCAGCAAGAUGAUCAGCAGCCUCCCCAUAGAGGCCAACAAGUACCGCGUGGCCCUGGCGCAGUACAGCGACGCUCUCCACCUCGAGUUCCACCUGGACACCUUCAAGAGCAGGAGCCCCAUGCUGAACCACCUCAAGAAGAACCUGGGGUUCAUGGGCGGCUCCCUGAAGAUAGGACACGCCCUGCAGGAGGCUCACAGGACCUACUUCUCUGCUCCCACAAACGGGAGAGACAAGAAACAGUUCCCCCCGGUUUUGGUGGUCCUGGCUUCAGCCGAGUCUGAGGACGAUGUGGAAGAGGCCUCGAGGGCCCUGCGGGGAGGCGGGGUGAAGAUCAUCUCGGUGGGGGUGCAGAAGGCUUCUGAGGACAACCUGAAGGCCAUGGCCACAUCCGGGUUUCAUUUCAACCUCCGGACGGUCAGAGACCUCAGCACGUUCUCCUCCAACAUGACGCAGAUCAUCAGGGACGUGGUCAAGCACCGGGAGGCAGCAGCUGUGGCUGAUGCCAACGGAACAGAUGCCUUUCCCAUAUCCUGUCAGAAAGAUUCACUUGCCGACCUUGUGUUCCUGGUGGACCAGUCGGUUGGGACCACACAGAACUUAAGGGGCCUGCAGAAGUUCCUGGAGAACGUUACCAGCUCCAUAGACGUAAAGGACAAUUGCAUGCGCCUUGGACUGAUGAGCUACCGCAGCAGCCCCGAGGCUAUUUCUUUUCUGAAGUCAAGCACCAACCAGUUUGAGUUCCAGCAACAAAUCAGGAAGCUGUCCCUCAAGGCUGGGAAGUCCAAUGUUGGGGCUGCCAUUGAACAGAUGAGGAAAGAAGGUUUCUCGGAGUCUGGGGGUAGCAGAAGGGCAUAGGGCGUCCCUCAGAUUGCAGUGCUGGUCACCCACAGGCCGUCAGAUGAUGAGGUGCGUGAGGCGGCGCUAGACCUUCGCCUAGAGGGCGUAACCAUGUUUGCCAUGAGCAUCCGAGGGGCCAACAAUACACAGCUGGAAAACGUCGCCUCCUACCCUUCUGGAGAGACGAUUUCCACGUUCAACUCCUAUGGAGACUUGGAGCCUUACAGUAGGACCUUCCUGAAGAAGAUUCACAAUGAAAUAUGGACCCAGGUUUCCACUCGGGCUGAACAAAUAGAGCUUGACAAAACAGGCUGCGUGGAUACCAAGGAAGCCGACAUCUAUUUCCUCAUUGAUGGCUCAACCAGCAUCCAGAAAAAACAGUUUGCACAAAUCAAGUCAUUUAUGUCAUCAGUGAUAGACAUGUUUAGCAUUGGGCCUGACAAAGUCCGAGUUGGGGUGGUGCAGUAUUCACAUAAGAAUGCAGUGGAAUUUCCCCUCUCGUACUACAGUGACAUUAGCUUAAAGAAGGCGAUUUGGAACAUUAGGCAUUAUCUACAUUAUCUACACGGUAGCGCGUUCACCGGGGGAGCCCUGGAUUUCAUGCUGCCGAUGGUCAGGGAGGGCAGGAAGGAGAGGACAAGGGAAGGUCCCUGUCACCUCAUUGUGCUGACCGAUGGGAUGUCGAAGGACGGCGUUCUGGAACCCGCGGAGAGACUAAGGGCCGAGCAAGUCACCGUCCACGCGGUUGGCGUCGGAGAGGCUGACAAAACCCAACUGCGGCAGAUUGCUGGGGAGGACGACAGGGUGAGCUAUGGGCCAGAUUUUGACGCCCUGAAAAGCAUAAGAAAUGAGGUCGUUCGCAGUAUCUGCUCUGAAAAAGGGUGUAAAGACAUGAAGACUGACAUCAUGUUUCUGGUGGACAGUUCUGGCAGUAUAGGAUCUACAAAUUUUGAGACAAUGAAAACCUUCAUGAAAAACCUGUUGGCAAAGAUUCACAUUGGUGCAGAUAAAACACAAGUUGGUGUUGUUCAGUUCAGUGAUUAUAAUAAGGAAGAAUUCCAGCUUAAUAAAUACUUCACACUCAAAGAAGUUUCCGAUGCAAUAGACAGAAUGUCCCUCAUCGAAGGAACACUGACUGGAAGCGCCCUAACCUUUGUCAGUCAGUACUUCAACCCCGCCAAGGGGGGGCGUACUCGAGUCAGAAAGUUUCUCAUCCUCCUCACGGAUGGAGAAGCCCAGGACCAUGUCAGAGAUCCUGCUAAGGCUCUCAGGGACGAAGGUGUGACCAUCUUCUCCGUGGGAGUGUAUGGUGCCAACAGGACUGAGCUGGAGGAGAUCAGUGGGGACAGCAGCCUAGUUUUCCACGUGGAGAACUUUGAUCAUCUGAAGACAAUAGAGAGUAAACUUAUCUUUCACGUGUGUGCUCUGCAUGAUUGCAAGAGGAUCCAACUGUUAGACAUCGUGUUCGUGCUGGAUCACUCAGGAAGCAUAAAUUCACACCAGCAAGAAAGCAUGAUUAACCUCACCAUCCAUUUAGUGGAGAAAGCGGAUGUGGGCAGGGACCGAGUUCAGUUUGGAGCACUCAUAUACUCCGAUGACCCUGAGAUCCUUUUCUACCUUAACCCCAACAAAUCAACGAUCAUUGAGCAGCUGAGCAGGCGCAGGGACACGGCCGGGCGUACCUACACCGCCAAGGCCCUCAAGCGCUCCCACGACCUGUUCAGGGAAGAGCAUGGCAGCCGCCUGAAGCAAAACGUGAGACAGAUGAUGAUCGUCAUCACCGAUGGCGUAUCCCAUGACCGAAAUGAGCUCAAUGACACGGCCCAGAGACUCAGGGACAAAGGCAUCACCAUCUUUGCAGUGGGCGUGGGAAAUGCCAACCAAAAGGAACUGGAGGCCAUGGCGGGGAAUAAAGAAAAUACUAUUCAUGUAGAAAAUUUCGACAAAUUGAAAGAUACUUACCUGCCUCUCCAACAAAGUAUGUGUAUCAAUGCACAAGAGGUCUGUAACCUUCACGAAGCCGAUGUGAUUUUCCUUUGUGAUGGCUCUGACUUGGUGUCUGAUUCAGAGUUUGUUACCAUGACGACGUUCUUGUCAGACUUAAUUGAUAAUUUUGACAUUCAGUCCCAGAGAAUAAAAAUCGGGAUGGCUCAAUAUGGGAGCCGCUAUCAGGAAAUCAUUGAGUUGGAAAGCUCUCUGACUCACACCCAGUGGAAAUUGCAGAUUCAAGCUGUCACCAAGAGCAAUGGGUCCCCGCGGCUUGACUUUGCCCUUAAACAUGUGGGCGAUAUGUUUCAUCCAUCUGCUGGUGGGAGAAGAAAUGCUGGCGUCCCUCAGACUUUGGUUGUUAUCACAUCUGGGUUCCCCCGCUACAAUGUAGCAGAUGCAGUAAAAACCUUGAAAAACCUUGGAAUUUGUGUCCUGGUUUUGGGCAUAGGGAAUGUUCAUAAGGAACAGCUUCUGCCAAUAACAGGCAAUUCUGAAAAAAUAAUCACUUUUCAAGACUUUAAUAAACUAAAGAAUGUGGAUGUGAAAAAAAGAAUGGUCCGUGAGAUUUGCCAGAGCUGCGGCAAAAUCAAUUGCUUUGUGGACAUAGUGGUUGGGUUUGACUUUUCCACUCACCAUCAAGGGCAGCCACUGUUCCAGGGCCACCCCCAUCUGGAAUCACACCUCCCAAGAAUCCUAGAGGACAUCACCUCUGUCAGAGGGGUGAGCUGCGGGGCUGGUGCCGAGACCCAGGUGAGCCUGGCCUUUCAGGUGAACGACCACCAAGGAUUCCCCGCCAAGUUCCAAAUCUAUCAGAAAGCGAUAUUCUACAGCCUGCGGCAAGUCGCCGUCCGUGGGCCAACUCAUCUGAACGCACAGUUCUUGCAGUCUUGGGACACGUUGGAAGAGAAAUCUGCAUCCAGAGGACAGGUGCUGCUAAUCUUUUCAGACGGACUCCAGGGUGAAAGCAUCACAAUGCUGGAGGAUGAGUCGGACAGGCUCAGAGAAGCAAGACUUGACGCUCUGCUGGUGGUGUCCCUUAACACAGUUGAUCAUGAUGAGUUUUACAGCUUUGAAUUUGGGAAAGGAUUUGAUUAUAGGACUCAUCUGACCAUUGGAAUGACAGACCUGGGCAGUAAGCUAUCACAGUACCUGGGAAACGUCGCAGAGAGGACUUGUUGCUGUACGUUUUGCAAAUGUGCAGGAGUCCCAGGGCCUCAUGGGACCCGAGGACUGCAAGCCUCAAAGGGCUCUUCAGGUCUGAGAGGCAGCAGAGGACACAGGGGUGAGGAUGGAGAUCCUGGAAGACGAGGAGAAGCUGGACCUCAAGGUGACAGAGGGAUUGCAGGAUGUCCGGGGGAGCCAGGUCACAAGGGAGCUAAAGGACUUUCUGGAUCUAAGGGAGAACAUGGAGACGAUGGGAUUGAUGGACUCGACGGAGAAGAUGGAUCUCAUGGAUUUCCUGGGAGAAAGGGAGAAAAAGGUGAUCCUGGAUAACAGGGCAGCCCAGGUUCCAGAGGUGCCCCUGGGGGAUAUGGAGAGAAGGGCUUCCCAGGAGAUCCUGGUAAUCCGGGGCAAAACAGUCACGUCAAAGGACAAAAGGGCUCCAAAGGGGAACAAGGAAGACAGGGCAGAGCUGGAUAUCAAGGGAUGCAGGGCAGGCCUAGCUCCGGAGGAAGAAGGGGAAUGGGAGGCCGAAGGGGGACCCAAGGUCCCUCCGGAGAACCAGGAGGCCCUGGACCUCAAGGUGUACAGGGAGCCGAAGGACUGCAAGGUCGACAGGGGUUGAAUGGAAAUCCUGGCAGGAGAGGAGAAAAAGGAAGUGAGGGGCACAAGGGACCUCAGGGUUCUCCUGGGCCAGCAGGACCUAAAGGGAGCACUGGAAGACCUGGAUUUGUGGGGAGGAAGGGGGAACCUGGAGUUUUUGGAGUCCCAGGGCCAGUGGGGCCCCCUGGACAGCGAGGGAAACAGGGCGAUUAUGGCCUCCCAGGCUAUGGUCAUGUGGGACAAAAAGGAGUAAAGGGCUUCCAAGGAUUCCCUGGAGAUAUGGGGCUGAAGGGUGAUGUUGGUGAUCCUGGAAUUCCUGGAAGGCCUGGACCCAAAGGAUUUAGGGGACUGACACUCACUGUAGGCUUGAAUGGUGAAAGGAGACCUCCUGGAUCACAAGGCCCUCCAGGACGGAGAGGUCCUAAAGGCUCAGCAGGACAGCCCGUCUAUUCUCCCUGUGAUUUGAUGCAGCUCAUGCGGGAUCAUAGCUCUUGUUGUAAAGCAAAGUGUCCAGUGUAUCCAACAGAGCUGGUAUUUGCCCUGGAUCAGUCUUCUGGUGCCACUGAACACCGAUUUAAUGAAACAAGGGACGUCAUCACUUCUAUUGUCAGUGACCUCAACAUCAGGGAACACAACUGUCCCAUGGGAGCAAGAGUUGUUGUGGUGUCCUAUGACACGGCCACCAACUACCUCAUUCGUUCGUCUGACCAUCAGAGCAAGAAACAACUCCUGAAGCUUCUUUCACAAAUAGAAUAUCGAGUCCCUGCACUCCGGGACACCGGCGAGGCAAUGAGAUUCGUGGCCCGCAGUGUUUUCAAACGGACAUCUGCGGGAGCCAACGUGAGAAGAGUCGAGGUGUUUUUUAGCAACGGUCAGCCAGCCAGCAGAUCGUCCAUCCUUACGGCCACCAUGGAGUUUAGUGCCCUGGCCAUCAUCCCUGCCGUCUUUGCUUUUAAUGAGAGAGGUUUCUUCGAGGAGGCUUUUGGGUUUGACAACACUGGAGCAUUUCAAGUGAUUCCUGUCCCUCCAAAUGGGGACUAUGAACCUAUAGAAAGAAUUCAGCGAUGUACACUGUGCUAUGAUAAAUGUCUUCCAAAUACUUGCGCCCAUGAGAUUUUAUUACCUGAAAAUUCAUACAUGGAUGUAGCCUUUCUCCUAGACAAUUCUCAAGAUGUAGCAAAUGAUGACUUCGAGGCCAUGAAAACCUUAGUGAGCACAGCGAUUGACCACUUCAGCAUCACUUCUGACCCUUCAGGCUCCGACUCAGGAGACAGGAUAGCCUUACUGAGCUACUCGCCUUGGGAGGGUUCUAGAAGCAAGAAGGGCACAGUAAAGACAGAGUUCGGGUUGACGACUUAUGACAACCAAGCCGUAAUGAAGAACCACAUCCUGACUUCCCUCCAACAGCUAAACGCAGAGGCCACUGUUGGCCAUGCCCUGCAAUGGGCCAUGGAAAGUCUCUUCCCCAGAGCCCCCAACCUAAGGAAACACAGAGUCACUUUUGUGAUCACGGCUGGAGAAAAUCGUGAGAGGGUAGGAUUUGUGAAGAAGAUGGCUUUGAGAGCCAAGUGUCAAGGCUAUGUCAUCUUUGUGAUUUCUCUGGGCUCCCUGCACAAGGAUGAGAUGGAGGAGGUAGCCAGCUACCCACCUGAUCACCAUCUGGUACAGCUUGGCAGAGUGCAUGAACCAGAUCUGAAUUAUAUCGUGAAGUUUCUAAAACCGUUUGUGUAUGCAGUCAGAUGUGGAUUCAAUCAGUACCCACCACCGAUGCUGGAGAACGCCUGCAGGCUCAUCAAUUUGAAAGGAGAGGAUGAAGAGAAUGGGGGUCUUCAACUGACUGCUGAGCUACAUGAAGCUUCUGCAAGCAAGAGCAGUCACAUUCAGGAGCUAAGUGCAGGGAAAGGCUCAUCUUUUGUGCUCGAGGCUAGUAGAGACAACCAUCUGGUUUACAUUCCAAGCCAGCCGCUGGAGCCUCAUCAAUUAGUGAAUCACUAUGAAAAGAGUCGGAUGCCCUCAGCAACUCCAAGGCCCACUUCCGGACAUCAAAGUCAUGGUGGAGGAGAAGAAUCAGGUCUUAAUGAUAAGCCUGGAGAUGCGUUUCUUCAAGACUAUUACAUGGAUGCAGUUUUCCUCAUAGAUGCUUCCCAAAGAGUAGGAGUUGAUGAAUUUAAGGAGGUGAAAGCAUUUCUAAGCUCAGUACUUGAUUACUUUCACAUCACCCCCAACCCGCUGACCUCUGUCUUAGGAGACAGAGUGGCCGUCGUUACGUACUCUCCUCCAGGCUAUCAGCCCGACACUGAAGAAUGUCCGGCCUACUUAGAAUUUGAUUUACUCACUUACAACAGUCGACACCAAAUGAAGCAUCAUCUCCAAGACUCUCUUCAACAGCUCAGUGGAGAUGUUUUUAUUGGUCAUGCCCUCCAGUGGACAAUUGACAAUGUCUUUGUGGGAAUGCCCAAUCUAAGGAAAAACAAAGUUAUCUUUGUGAUAUCUGCUGGUGAGACCAACCCUUUAGACCGAGAAGUCUUAAGGAAUGUGUCUCUGAGAGCCAAGUGUCAAGGUUACUCUAUAUUUGUAUUUUCCUUUGGUCCCAUACACAAUGACAGGGAGUUAGAAGAAUUAGCCAGUGACCCCCUGGACCAUCACUUAGUCCAGCUUGGGCGAACACACAAGCCAGAUUGGAACUACAUCGUCAAGUUCAUCAAGCCAUUUGUCCAUUCAAUCAGGCGUGCUAUCAACAAAUAUCCCAACCAAGACCUGAGAGCCAAGUGUGAUAACACCACCUUCCCCAGCCCUCAGAACUCUGGCGUGGAUGACACUGUGCUGCUUAUUCCCGAGGUAUAUGAAGUAGAGACAGAAACCAGUGAGCUGUCUGGAGACUUGGGUUCCCAGGAACGGCAUCUCUCUGUACUAGAGAACAGCCACAGUAAUGAGUCCACAGCUGAUUCGAUCCACCACUUAUAUUUUCUCUUUCCCUCUGGGGAGCUGAUGGUGAAUGACGGUGACGAGUCGCAUUCUGGAGAAACUGCAGUCCCAGUCAAUGACAAACAAGAUGGUGAGGACAUAAGAUGAUCCUAACCAAAAAGAAGAUGGCCUUCAUUGGCAUGGGUAAUGCCAUGCAGUUCUAACCAAAGAGUGGAAAUCAUUUGUUGCAAGUGGCAAACAGCAGGAAUAUUUAGUGCCCAC